AUCACGUUGCGUUGUCAUAGUGACUGUCUGUUUACAGUCUCCGACCUGAUCGCGAUGAAGCUUAAGCGAUUUCUCCUCAGAUAUUACCCCCCAGGAAUAAUCCUCGAAUAUGAGAAAGCCGGGAAAUUUAAUACGAAGUCUAUUGAUCUGCUGGAUCUAUCUCCGGGGUGUGACACAGAGAAGUUAAUUGAUUUGAUCAAGGAGACAGAACCUCUGAUCACUGACUCAUGCAUACCUCAGUUGAAACACCUUUUAAGCCGGCUUCAGGAGAAGCUGAACCAGCCAGAUAACCACAGGUUUUCCCUGUUUAAGAAGCUACAGGCACAUAUACUUCCUCUCACUAAUGUUGCCUUCAAUAAGUCUGGAACAAGGUUCAUCACUGCCAGCUAUGACAGGACCUGUAAGAUAUGGGACACCGCAUCAGGAGAAGAGAUCCAUACACUAGUUGGACACAGGAAUGUGGUCUAUGCCAUUUCCUUCAAUAACCCAUAUGGAGACAAAAUUGCUACCGGAUCCUUUGAUAAGACAUGCAAGCUGUGGAGUACCGAAACAGGCAAAUGUUACUACACUUUUCAUGGACACACUGCUGAAAUUGUAUGUCUGGCAUUCAACCCUCAAAGCACCAUGAUUGCAACAGGAAGCAUGGACAACACAGCCCGAUUGUGGGACAUCGGCACAGGGGAAGAAAUGGCCACGCUAGUGGGUCACUCAGCUGAAAUUAUCUCCCUAUCAUUCAACACGGUUGGAAACCAGCUGGUCACAGGCUCCUUUGACCACACGGUGUCACUUUGGGAUAUUCCAUCAGGAAGGCUUGUAUACACAUUAACUGGACACAGAGGAGAGAUUAGCAGUGUACAGUUUAACUGGAGUGGUUCUCUUAUCGCCACUGGAUCCAUGGAUAAGACCUGCAAGGUGUGGAACACAUUGAAUGGGAAGUGUGUGACUACACUAACAGGUCACAAGGAUGAAGUGCUGGAUGUCUGCUUCAACUACACUGGCCAGCUUAUUGCCACAGCAUCUGCUGAUGGAACAGCAAGAGUGCACAGUGCGGCUAGCGGAGAAUGCACUGCAAAGCUGGAAGGCCACGAGGGAGAAAUAUCCAAGAUCUGCUUCAACCCACAGGGCACUCAAGUGCUAACAGCCAGCUCAGAUAAGAGUGCGAGGCUGUGGAAUGUGGAUUCUGGCUCCUGUUUGCAGGUUUUGCAGGGUCACACAGACGAGAUCUUUUCCUCAACCUUCAACUAUGAAGGUGAUAUCAUCAUCACAGGCAGUAAGGACAACACCUGUCAGAUCUGGCGCUGACAGAACUAUACAGUGUAGAUAAGCUGUUGGGGAAUGAUUUUUGUGCUCUUUAAGAGAUGUGCAGUGAAAUAUAUAGUGUUAUUUUUGUAAUUGUAACCCCACUGCUUGAACACCUUGUACAGUACACACCUAAGUUUAACAUAUAAAGAUUGCAUUAAUGUUUUGGAUCUUUGAGCUAUGGGUAUUUGUACUUGACAUACGUUGUUUGACUCCUGCUAUGUCUGAGAGUUUCUAGCAUGAUUGAUUGUGUCACAUGUGCUUGCCCUAAAACAGAUGUUUAUGCAUUUCCCACCCUUUUUCUUUUCAGGAUGCAUUACAACUGGAAAAUACACAUUUUGACAAAUUUAUUAACACUCACUUAUAGUUAGAACGGUCUAUUUUGAAUGCUAAUACAACAUUACAGUAACAGUAACACAGGUCAAACAAAACAUUCACAUAGAAAUUUGUUUACACUGAAAUCUAUAUUCUACUUCAUAAAUCAAUAGUAUUAAGAGCAUUGUAUUCUAGUGCAGUCAUUUCAAAUCUACAGUAUAUACAAUUAUGUAAAAUAAUUUGACAUGAUCACAAAUUACUUUAAAAAUUGCAAUAAAAUUAAUGGUGCAUGACCUGA